CAUUUCUAUGAACUUUCUAAUGUACGUAACACACCUUCUUAUUCGGUGUAAUCGGUGUGUAUUUCUCGGCGGAGAGGGAGGAGCAGCUGCAGCUUGUUGUAAUGGCGUAGUAUAGUGCCUUGUGUAUAUUUUCUAUAAUCGCACUGGUUUUCCGUACGUUUUUUUAGUGUACUUAUUUUUUUUCAAGUAUUUACUCGUGCUCCGUCAGACGUCUAGCUAUUAAAUUCGCUUUCUUGUGAUGUCGAGGGGCUACAGGGAGUCAGAUUUGUCAAGUUUAUCAACGAAAAUAGUCACGAGUGGUGCAGUGGUGCGCGUCACUGAUUCACUCUCUUUCUGUCUCUUUUUUUGUAAAAAGUGGGAGUGAACAGAACGGCCAAAACGUGAUGCAGAUAUGCACCUGCCACAGAUAGAAAUUUCAAUGGACUGAUCACAUUCCGUCGAAACUUACUCGUUAGCUCUGCUCCAAUAACACUUAAGCUGUCUAUAUGUGCGCAUAUGUGUGUGUAAAUUGUAUUCUGCUUGCGCAUAACCUUAUACUACGUGCCCCAAUUUCAGAGUCCACAGUCUGUGAUUUAUCUUUUUUACAUUCUUAAAUCUUGUGAUGCUCAUGAUAAGCAAACAUGAAGGUAACAGUGUGUUUUGAUAAUAACGUUAGAGUGGUUGUGCCUUGCGGAGAUGGCAGUCUCCUUGUCAGAGAUCUUAUGCACGAAGCCAUUCUUCGCUACAGGAAGGCUACUGGCAAAAACGAUAGCAGCCUCUCCAUCAGUAGCUUAUCCUCAUUGACCGGGGGAGGAAUACUCGAUCCGGACGACAGACUGUGCGACGUUGCGGAUGACAGGGAGCAAAUAGUCGCACAAUUCGCUGGCUCGGAUGUUAUUCACAUAGGCGGCGAUGGGGCCAGCUCUGUGGGUACCAAUAGUCCUGACUAUUUUCACACAGAAAGCAAGGAGCACCGGAUUUACGCCAGCAAGUCCACUGGUAACAUCAAAAGGGAGAGCACCAAGAGACUGUCGAUGCACGUCCUCUCUUCUAGGGAGCCGUGUCUGACAACGUACUCGGCACUUUCUCUUCCCCGCGAGUCCAGGCGCAAGGAGCCACUGGGCCAAGAUGCCAAAGCUCUGUACGAAAUACCAAGUUUUAAACUAGACCCAGCGGACAAAAGCGAAAUUCAUGAGAUUAUUAUUAAAAAUGAAGCAGGACCUCUUGGUCUGCAUGUCAUGCCUUGUUACGACAUUAAAGGAAACGACCAAGGCCUAAGAGUAGAAGGAAUAGAGCCCAACGGGAGGAUUGCUAAGGAUGGCCAAAUAGACUUACACGAUACUAUUAUUAAGAUUAAUGGACAUAGUUUGCUGAGAAUACCAUUUUCUAAAGUACAAGAAAUCUUUAGGUCCUGUAUGAACGAGCCGUGUUUGCGAAUAACAGUAUUGAAGUACAAGAGACCACAAGAGAAAAACAUACAAAAAGUCGUAGGAACCUCCAACAGCCCAGAAAAAUCUGUGGAUCAUGAUGACAGUAUAAAACGAUUGCAGUGUGCUAAUUACCAUGUACUGCAGACAGCUAAUACUCGUAAAAUUGGAAAAAUGAUAGAAAUAGAAUUGACCAAGGGAAACAAUGGACUGGGUUUCAGUGUUACUACCAGAGACAACCCUGCUGGAGGCCACUGUCCGAUCUAUAUCAAAAAUAUACUUCCCAAAGGUGCUGCUGUAGAAGAUGGAAAAUUAAAGCCAGGAGAUCGCUUGCUCGAAGUAAACAAUUUAGAAAUGACUGGCAAAAGCCAGUCGGAGGUGGUUGAACUACUGAGGAGUAUACCACCUGGAGGAAAAGUAAAGUUGGUCGUUUCGCGGCAAGAGGAAGUUUGUUCAAAUCCAUCUGACGCGCAAAUCGGAGUUCCCAUUGUCACUCCGGAUUCUUCAAAAAAGUGGAAAUCUCUGCAGGAAUCUUCAGCAAAGAAAAAAGAGGAUUCACCAGACAUUUAUGACAAGUGUGAUUAUAAAUCUGUGCAGGUAACAAACAAUGUAGUUUCUUCGCCAAAAAAAAAUAAGAUGCAUCUUACUUUAGACAUUCCAGUUCAUGAUUCCGAGAAAGCUGGUUUGGGUGUGAGUGUUAAAGGCAAAACCAGUACAACCGACGAUAAUUCUAACAUAGACUUAGGUAUUUUUAUUAAGAGCGUGUUACAUGGUGGUGCGGCGUCGAGAGAUGGCAGGCUAAGAAUGAACGAUCAAUUACUCAAGGUGAAUGGUGUUUCGUUACUCGGUUUAUCAAAUUCCGAUGCCAUGGAGACACUGAGAAGAGCCAUGCUUAACACCAACAGCUCCAUCACUGGAGUAAUUACUCUUGAGAUAGCAAGAAGAGUUUCCUCGUAUGAAAACUCUGCCUAUGGAGUGAAUACAAUUAACAAGCAAAACGAUGGAUACGUUAAGGAAAAUAAUAAUUUGAACUCCCAAGUGGAUGUAUUGGAUAAGGGUUUGCUGUCGGCAUCAGCUUCACCAUGGAAUCCCGUGAUAGACAGGCUCACGGAACAGUACAACAAAAAUAGCUUGAGGAACGAGAGCUAUUGCCUUGCAACGAAUAAAACGUGGAUCGACCCAAUCAGUAUUUCAACUAAACUUAGUAUUGGCCAACGAGAUGAUAACUUAGGAUCAGUAUUACUAGAGGACUCCAACGAAAAUUCUCAAAGUUCAACCGUGGAUGGUAAAAAAGUCGCCGACGACAAGGACAGUCAGUAUUCGGGCGAUCCAACUUACGACAGCCAACUGUCUCUAGAGGAGUACAGUUCAACUAAUAAAUUUUCCAGGGAUGCUCUCGGAAGGCAGAGCAUGUCCGAAAAAAGGCAUGCAGCUUUAGACGCCAAAAACACAGAUACUUACAAGAGAAACAAGAAACUCCGCGAGGGUCGGGAAGUCAACAACAAAUCGGAUGAGCAAAAGAAAUCUAGCAAAAAGGAUGGCAAAUCUGCCGGUGAUAGCUUUGGCACGACAAACAGUAGCAAGUCGUCGAUUGGAGAGAGCUCGAAACAUUCCCAGCCGGAGUACCUGUACACCAUUCCAGGAUGCAACGAUAAGCUGAUAUCACCGCGCAAGCACUGGCUUGUGGACGACGUCCACAGCGUCGAGGUGUCAAACAGCAGUAAAAGCAACAACAAGGAAGUUCAGGGCUUUUCAAACAGUCGAGGAGACGUCAAGCAGGCAUCCCUGAACUCGGCCCUGGACGAUCGUUACAAGAGGUCGAGGAAGAAGACCGGCAUUAGGUCGAUGCUUCGAUUGGGCAAGAAUCGCAAGUCGCUGAACUUUGGCGAUAACAUUGAAAACAGACACGAGACCAGUAAUUACUGUAGCGGGACAAUUAACUACAUAGCAUAAUGGACUAACUUUUCCAAUUGUUUUGUCCAUGGAGUUCAGCCAGAAAUUUUUAACCCACGACGAUAGUGCAUCCAAGUUAAUUUUUUUUUUUUUUCUUUUUAAUUUUUUAAAUAUUAUUAUAACUUGAUCACAUUAUUUUAAUUCAUAACACGUAAGAAAUCGAUUUGUGCACUAUCAGAUUGUAAGAUUUUGUAAAAAAAAUGCUCCAAUGUGCCUUACAUCUCGAGAACAGAACUAAAUCUAUAUAGAACUAAUGAAUUUUUGUAAAUAUUAUUUUGUACUUCAAUUCAAAUUAUUAUUACUAUUAUCAUUAUUAUUAUUAUUAUUAUUAUUACACAUGUAUACAAUGUAUGUACGGCUAGGCGAUAAUCCGUGUAUUUUAUUUUUGUGGAUAUUUUGCACCGAGACUAAAAAAAGAUUCGCGCAGUUCCAAAAAGUAUAUUAAUCGAUGCAAAGUGUAAAUUUUACGACAAAAAUUGUAAAUUAAAAAACCAAAUGUAAAUUUUA